AAGCUAGCAGCAGCGGCAAGUUGUGCGGCGCGGCGCUGCGUGGCGCCGUAUUGAUUGUGGCUCAGUAGCAACCCAGUGUCCUGUGUGGUCGGUUCCGUGUGCCCCGCAGCACCAUGGAAUAAACGUCAAGGUGCGAUGCGAAUCAACAUGCGGGCCAUGGCCACUCCGAUCCUGGAGGAAGUGGACAACAACUUAAAGGUGCGGACCGGCAUGGUGAAGGUGAGUGACGGCAAGACGAGGCCGACUCCCAUGCGGCUGCACCUCUCUAUGGAACUGCUCAAGCUGCAGAAGGAAGAGAUCUCUCCAGUCAACCGUAAUCACAACCAAAAACCUUCACCUACUGACUCUAGGGUGAGGAUAGUGGGUGUUACCAGGCAGAAGGUUGGAGGUCUAGGAAUCAGCAUCAAGGGAGGCUCGGAACACAAGUUACCCAUUCUCAUCUCUCGCAUCUUCAAGGACCAGGCUGCGGACCAGACGGGGGAGCUUUUCGUGGGAGAUGCAAUCAUCAAAGUGAACGGAGAGCUGAUCACAUCUUGCCAGCACGAUGAGGCCGUCAAUAUUCUGAGGAAUGCCGGAGAUAUUGUUAUGCUCACCGUCAAGCAUUACCGGGCAGCAACGCCUUUCCUUCAGAAAUCAAAUCUGGAGGAGAGACAGCUGGACAACGAGGGACUGUCGGCCGAGAGCGAGGGUGGCUGGAGGCACAGUCGCAGCGGUUCUUGUUCUUCCAUAAACUCCAAGUCCGAGACUCUCAUCAGAUGGGUCGAUAUCAUCACAGUACCACUGAUGAUGGCGUACGUGACACGGUACAUAUUCGGUACCGACAAGUUGCGACCAAACGCGUUCGAGGUCCGAGGCCUGAACGGGGCAAGUACUGGUGUCGUCCACUGCGACGAUGCCGCCAUCCUCUCCCAGUGGCUUAAAUACAUCACAGACAAUAUUAUGGGGCUCACCCAUUUACAGAUGAAACUGUACAACAGAAACUUUCCCGCGGCGGAGAGGAUCGAGUACAUGGGCUGGGUGAACGAGGGCAUCCUCAACAAUAACCAGCCCUGGCAGAGCUAUCGGCCUCGUUUCCUUACCCUCAAGGGUACCGAUGUUCUGCUCUUCGAGUCCCCUCCGCUCAACAUAGGUGACUGGCUGGAGUGCGGGCUGGUAUUCAAGGUCUACCAGUCGAUGUUGAGGGUGAUCAAGGACUCGGAGAACGUGGACGAGCGACAGCACUGUUUCCUGAUCCAGACCUCGGGCCAGGAGUCGCGGUACUUCUCGGUGGAGACUCGCCAGGAGCUCCUGCGGAUAGAGAGCGCUUGGCACUGCUCGGUCUGCGCCGCCGUCAUGAAACUGGGGAGUAAAACGUUUAACGUGACCACAGCCAGUGGAGGCACAUCUGCAGGCCUGACCCUGGACUGGAACCUAGGGUUCGCACUGUACGAUACUCAGGCGAGAACAUACUCGUGGCAAUACAAGUUCUCACAGCUGCGAGGAUCCUCAGACGACGGCAAGAGCAGACUAAAACUACAUUUCCAGGACUCAGAGACGAAGGCAAUUGAAACUAAGGAGCUCGAGUGCCCUACCCUGCAAGGCCUGCUGUUCUGUAUGCAUGCGUUCCUUACAGCUAAAGUCGCUUCGGUUGAUCCAGCGUUCCUCAGCUCCAGAACACCUUGAACUUUCUCUGGUCUUCCUCCACUUCAUACAUCUGUUCAGUUGGCAGGCUGUUUUCUUAACUGAUCAUUCUUGCUUGUCUACUGUUAUCCCUUAAAGGAAUAGACCAUUGAUUUAUAUUUGUAAAUAGCAAUGUUUUGCAAAUGUGUUGGUUUUUCAAAAUAUCUAGGUCUGAUUGAUUACUUUUGUUUUACGUUAACAUGUGUUAAAAAUAUAAAACAAUUGAGUAAAUGUCAUUCCAACUGACGUCACUGCAUUCCAUUAUAAUAGUUUGUAAAUACAUGCCGAUAUACUAAACAUGUAUAACUCGAGAAAAUAUUUAACACUAUUGUGAUAUCAGCUGAAUUUUAAAGUCUACCCGAAAUUUAUUGUAUUUCCUACAAAAAUAAACAGAUUUUCUUUUUCUAGAGGUCUUCUUGUGAGGAAAGGGAUUUAAUUUGGGAUGAGACUAAGAUUGUGUUUUGUGUUGUUUUGUCAUUCAUGUCUUAGAUUAAAUAGUGUGAUUGGUGUACCUAUUUUCAUGUAAUUGAAAAGUUUUCAUGUUUUAACAGUAAUUUAAUUAUUAAUCUGAGUGUUUUACUAAAGUUUACUUGUAUUAUUAAGUUAUAAAACGAGUUAUUGUGAAAAACCUGACAGUUUUAUGAUUAUUAAUUGUAGUUCACUAAUCCGUAUUGAUAUCAUGUUUUAAUUUAUUUAAACACACUGAGAAGUAAUUUCUUAAUUACUUCAAGGUUUUUAUUUCAAGAAGUAUUUAUGUACAUACAUGUAUGUAAAUCAUUUUUCUUUACUUCGUUGGAAAUUAAAUUGUAAUAAUAAUAUUUUUUGACAUAAUAAAUUUUAAUUUUAGUUUUUAUUCAUUAAUAACAGAUAUGUAAAUACUACAACUAUUUUUGUGCAGGAUAAAGAUUAGACAGAAAAAACCUAAAAACAAGAUUAGAAAAUUAGGAAUUUGACUUUUAUCUUGAAAAUAACUUUUAUGUAAGGUUGUUCAUACGAAACUAAAACAUUCAUAAUCGAUUAGCUCUCUUUCAUGAUAUACAAAUCAACAUACAUGGCUAUUAAUUUGACUCUCGUAGCUAAACCGAUUGUUGUUAAUCGUAACGACCUUUAUUGUACGGUAAUUAUAAUAAUUCAAUCAUGAUGAUCAUCACCACUUUUAUUGUAUAUUUCCUCAUAUGAACGAUUAAAAAAUGUUAAAUUUUAUUGCAAACAUAAUAGUUUUGUAAUAAUUUUUAGACAAAUCUGUUUUUAUAUAUUUUUUAUGUCCGAACAAAAAGUUUCUUUAAACACGCAAUUAAAUUAAAUAUUUUAAAUGUUAAAAGUUCAAGAGUAACGCCGAAGAGAAUUUUAGAAUUCUCAAGUCAUAGAAAAUAUUAAAAAUAUGCAAUAACACAGCGACUAUAAGUGAAACUUAUCACAAUUAUAAUUUUAAAAUCACUGUAAGAAAGCUUAGCAUAAUUAUCUUUAAUGUAAUCAGAAAUAUUCAAACUUCGUUUGAAUUUAUUAAAGGCAAUUCAGGAUACAUAAUUAAUAUUAGUGUCAGGGAAAUGUCUCUGACAUUUUAUGAUAUGGUUAACAUCAACAUUUUUAGUAGUAACUCUUGUCUGUUUAACUUUUAUUUUUUUAUUAAAUAAAGCCUAGAUAAAUUGACAUUUUAUGGCCACGGUAAAGUAUAAAGUAUAUUUGAAAUUAUAUACAAGAAAUUAAGUAUAUUUGCACUUACUCAUUUAAAACUUUAAUUACGCUGUUAGUAGUGAGAUAUAAAAAUAAAACAUUAUAUUUUCAUAAUAGAUUAUUUAAAAAUUUUUCAUUGACACGUUGACCCACGAAAACCCUAAAAUUAUAGACCUUUACAUCUGCCAGCUUUGUAAUGAUGUCUUACUGUCCCACUAUAAGAAACGAUGAGCACAGUUUAAUUGUUUUGUUUUUUAUUUAAAUAUAUAUUAUGAUCUACAGCAUGGGGAUAGUUUUAUUUAUAUACAUAUUUAAUCGACAGUGAUAUAAUUAUACAAUUGGAUCUACACUAUCAUACCAGAUUGCCAUAAAACCUGACCUCAUAUCGUAUGAACAUUUGUAUGAAGUGGACGAGGGUUACUCGAUAAAUUGUUAGAGAACAUGAUUUGUUUUCUUUUUUUUUAUUUGCCUAGUUAUUUACUACUGCACACUUUGAGGAACACAUUUUUACAAGUAUGCAAACUUUAUUUAAUAUUAUUUACCUAUUAAUUACCUGAAAGCAUGGCUAUUAGGUAAUUUUUGCAUGAAAGUGGAAAACGACAUUUUGGUCUUGAAAACGAUGCUUGAAGUUGCUAUAAGCAUGAAGAUAGUAUUUGAAAACCAUGGCAAAUAAAUAUUUAAUACAUGAUAUAAUCAUUGUCAUGAACAACAUAUUUCUUACUACUUUAAAUAAUAAAAGAUUUACAAAUGAUCGUUGGUACAACUAUAAAAUGAGAUAACUUACAUUGAUUAAACAUAUAAACCUUUUCAUAUUUACAGGAGAAAUAAUAUAUUAUGUUACUGUUUUUUUCAGAUCUACAGCAACAAUAUUAUAAGUUCAAAAAAUCUUUAGUUAUCAGUACAAUGGGU